AUGUCUGACGCCCAACUGUCCUACGUCGGUGCUCCUCCUCCAGCUCUUCCUUCGGCCAACAUCUUUGACUUCAUCUUCUCAAAUCCUCUUCGAAAGAAUGGCCCAGUCUCCAAACAUGCUCCCGAUACUCAAUCUCGCAACCAUGUAGUCUCCGACAUAGCUCCUCACAAACCUCUGCUUGUAGACCCUCUCACAGGUGUGUCGCACUCUAUCUGCCUUCUUGAUACUCUAACCAACAUCAUGUANGCUGCACAAGUCAGUUGGGACAGAGUCCGCAUCGACUCGUUGCGUAUUGCAGCUGGACUGCAUGCUCUGGGAUUACAACCUACUCCUGCUGUUCCCCUGUCCUCGACUGGCCAUACUCCCAUCAUCUCCCCUAUUGUUCUGCUGCACCUACCCAACUCCCUGGCUUUUGCUCCUCUGCUCUUUGGUGUCCUCGCCUCGGGCUUGACUGUGACUAUGGCCAAUCCUGGCUUGACUUCUGGUGAACUGGCCUGGAUCCUCAAAUCUUCGGAACCUCAACUUGUCGUGACUACACCAGAAGGCCUACAGGUUCUCAAUGCAGCCAUCACCGAGAGUGAUAGCCCCAAAGUCAAGGCCAAUCUCAUCAACACACGCCGUGUCUAUAUCGUAGAUCCCAUCCAUGACGAGUACGGUCUCCCGUGUUCUCAUUGCAAGGGUACUGAUUUGGACCAACAUUCGCAAAACUGGAAGGCACUUUUGGCCUCCAGACCACUGNNAAAAGCCCCUAUUCAGUUCAAGGCGGGCGAAUUCAAGCAACGAACUGCGGUCAUCCUCUGGUCAUCCGGCACUUCGGGCAAGUCUAAGGGCGUAGUCCUAUCUCACCAAGCGCUUGUCAGUAAUGUCCACUCACUUUGGCAUAUCAACCAGGCAUUCGAUGAUAAUCAAAGAUGGCUCGGCUUUGCUCCAUUCUACCACAUCUUUGCACUGUGCAACGUCUUGCUUCUUGCAGUAGCGUCUGGAGCUACCAUCUUCGUAAUGCCAAAGUUCGACCCUAAGCUCAUGCUUAAUCACGUACAACGCUUCCGUAUUACCUUCUUACAUAUGGCUCCUCCAGUCGCUGUAAUACUUGCCAAAUCACCCAUGCUGGAUGACUACGACAUGACGAGUAUCCAGGGCGCUGUCAGUGGAGGCGCUCCUUUACCAUCAGAAAUUGUCGAGCAAGUCUAUCGACGACUAGGAAUAUUAAUCAAGCUGGUGAGCUCAUCCCGGUAUGUGCGUGAAAUGUUCUCUGACAACAUGUUCAGNGGUUAUGGUUUGUCAGAAGCAGGUUCUGUAUGCAACCAAGUCGGAGAGACUUGGGAAGUCAUCCAGCCGCAACUUGGCAAUACCGGUGUGCCAUGUUUUGGAAUCGAGCUCAAAAUUGUGUCUGUCGAUGAUCCCACAGAAGUCGUGGCCAAGGGGCUCGAAGGCGAAGUCUUGAUAAGAUCUCCAACAAACAUGACCUGUUAUCUUAACAACAAGGCAGCCACCGCUGAAGCUCUUGACAGCGAAGGUUGGUUCCAUACUGGUGAUGUAGGCAAAGUUGAUGCCAAAGGUCAUCUGUGGAUAACCGACCGCCUGAAGGAUGUAAUGAAAGUGAAGGGCUUCCAGGUCUCGCCUUCCGAGCUCGAAAACAUCCUUUGCGGUAGCCCUUCAGUGGCCGACGCUGCUGUGUAUGGCCUUUUUGACGCCGGCCUCGCGACGGAGUUACCCAGAGCUUACGUCGUGCCUUCCUCAAAACACUUGUUAGCUCAGUGUACACCAAAUGGUCCUAUCACACCGGAGCUUCAGGCACUGGCUCAAGACAUUAAGCAGCUGAUGGAAACCAAGACUGUGCGGUACAAGUGGUUGACAGGGAAUAUCGUGUUUGUGCCUGCAGUGCCCAAAUCGCCGAGUGGUAAGAUUCUGAGGCGCAUGUUGGUAGGUGUACGGGGUGUCGAGGUGAAGCUUUAUUUAAGCCGGGCUGAGAAGGCGAAGCUGUAG